CUUUCCAGCGAUGAGGAGAAUGAUGAAGUGUGCGGCAGGAUGGUGGGAGCAGCUGUUGGAGUGAGCAACCUCAGCCCAGAUCAAAUUGGGAAUUAUGAUCUUCUCCUGGACCUAAAGUAACUCUGGACCUGGACUAAACCUUCCUCGUGAAAAAAACAAAACGUAUUUUUUUUGUAUCACAACUGGAAAAAAUAAUCUGAUCUUCACUUGUACUCCGAGUUCAUUUUUGAUUUUUUUUCCUGCUAUUGUUGUUAUAUUGUCCUGAACACGCUGGACCUAAAGUAUACCUGGACUAAAUCUCUCCCCAGAAAAGCUAUGCUUUUUUUUUUUACGACUGGAAAAAUUGAUUUCAUUUGACUUUUUUUCAUUUAUUGAUGAUUUUCUUUCUGAUGUUGAUUAGCCAGUAGACAUCUUCGAUAUGCUUCUUCUUCAUCUACUUCUGGUCCUGAGCAUAGGCUGGUGGGCCGGCUGCUCUGAGCCAUCAUCCAUCACCAUCCAGUACCUCGUCUGGGAAGAGCAGCCUGCGGGAACGAGGGUGGGCCGGCUGGUGGACGACCUCUGGCAACUGGACCAGAUGGGUCCUCUGGAGAACUUCCAGGUCGUAGAGCACGGGAGGGCCCUUCCCUUUGCCAUCAAUUCCGGUGACGGCGAGGUCUCCACCCAGGGCCGCUUGGACCGGGAGGAGCUAUGUCGCGGCACAGACGAGUGUGAAGUGAACUUUAGCGUCCUCUACAGGAAGAGCGGGGUGGUGCACUGCUUGCGGGUUCACGUGAAGGUGAUGGACCUGAACGACCACAUUCCCAGAUUUGCCAGCCCCGUCCAGGAAGUGGAGAUCUCGGAGACGGCUGGCCUACGGAUGCGGAUCCCUCUCGAAUGCGCGGUGGAUCCAGACGCAGGAGCCAAUGGACUUCAGACCUACUCGUUGUCCGUCAACCAGCAUUUUGCUCUUGAUGUGACUUCUGCGCUGGGUGGCACUAAACAGGCAGAGCUGGUAGUGAUCAAAGAACUGGACCGGGAAGUUCAGGGGUCCUUCGAGCUCACCCUGGUGGCGUGGGACAAAGGGAACCCCCCGAGGUCUGGGAGUACUUUAAUCCAUGUUAAUAUUCUGGACUCCAACGAUAACAGUCCUACAUUUGAGGACAGUGCCCCCACGGUGGAGAUACCCGAAGACACAGAACGUGGGACAACAAUCAUUCACCUAAGAGCCAGGGACCCCGACCAGGGCACCAACGGGGAGGUGGAGUACUCGCUAAGUAAGCACACGCAUCCUGACGUUCAGAGGCUCUUCUUUGUGGAUCCACAGAGUGGCGCUGUGAGCAUCAGAGCUCCUCUGGACUACGAGGCCCAAACCUCCCACGAAGUGGUGAUCCAGGCGCGUGAUCUUGGACCCAACUCGAUUCCCUCGCACUGCAAGCUCCACGUCAGGCUCGUGGAUGUCAAUGACAACGCCCCGAGGAUCCACAUAACCUGGACUCAUCCCAGCUCUCUGGCUGCGACGGUGCUGGAGGGGGCGCCAGUGGACACCUUCCUCGCCUUGGUGAUGGUUUCAGAUGCAGACUCAGGAGAAAAUGGGAAAGUGGCGGCCAUGAUGCAGCACGGUUCCGGCCCCUUCCGUAUUAAAAAGGUUCACGGUGAAAAUUACAUGAUUGUAACUGCAGGUGUCCUGGAUCGAGAGAAGGUGAUGGACUAUAACGUCACGGUGGUGGCGCAGGAUUACGGAGAUCCACCAUUGUCCUGCAUAAAACACUUGCCUGUUCGACUUCUGGAUGAGAAUGACAAUGCACCAGUGUUUUCCUCAGCCAUCUACAAAGCUUCCUUUAGGGAGAACAAUGUUGUAGGAUACCACGCCCUCAAGGUACAAGCACAUGAUGCCGACAUGGAGCUCAGCGGCAGAGUUCUGUACCACCUUCACAACUCCAGCGACAUAAAGACGCCCACUCAUCCCUUCUCCAUCCACCCAACCAGUGGCAUUAUCAACGUCCUUCAGCCUCUAGACUAUGAAGAGUACCAGUCGUACUUAUUCUUGGUGGAGGCCGUGGACCAGGGCCACCCGCCUCUUAAGACCACGGCCACAGUGCAAAUUGACAUCCAGGAUGUGAAUGACAACUACCCAGUCAUCAAGGAGCCCCGACCCAAACACGGAGUGGCUCAGCUAAGUGUUCCCAUCAACGCUGACCACGGGGAGAUUGUGGCGGAUUUGAGAAGUGACGCAGAGGAAGGUUCGGCUGCUUUGCCCAUCGAGCACUCAGUCCGAGAAGGAUUCGCCGGAUUUCUUGCCUCCACCAUAAAGGCUGAAGAUUCCGACUCAGGACUGAAUGGACGACUCCAGUACUUCAUCACCGACGGAAACCUGCACGGGCUCUUCUGGUUGGAUCAGGCCACGGGCCGACUCUUUGUCAACACCACCAACGCCACCCAGCUCAUCGGGAAAACAGUGAAGGUGGACAUUUCUGUCUCUGACAUGGGCACCCCCAGCCUGUUCGCUAAGGCCACACUUGAGGUGACUUUCAUCAACCUCAAAGACCACUUAAAAAACUCAUCUGCUGGGGACCGGGGCCGGCUCAGCUUCACCAUGAUGCUGGCCAUUUGUUUGGGGGCGACCUGCCUCUUGUUGCUUCUCACCAUAGCCUCAGUCACCACCUUCUGCCGACCUGACAAAAGGGACCACCGGGCCUACAACUGCAGGCAGGCUGAGUCCACAUACACCCGCCACCCACGUCGACCGCAGAAGAACAUCAGGAAGUCAGACAUUCAGCUGAUUCCUGUGAUGAGGGAACGCAAAGAGGACCCUCCACUAGAAGAGAGCGACAAGACACUGCUCACUCCAUCACUUGACCAACACACAGAGAAACUCUUUGAGUUGACGCCGCUGAUGAUGAACUCAAGCUUCCAUUCCCAGACUCACCUGGAGGCCAGUGCCCCUCAUGGCAGAACACUACGGAAACCUGGAAACAUCCAACUGGAUGGCGCUUUACCUGUGACGCCGGCAACAUCCAAUCGGUCACUUCGGAAAGCAAGAAACCCGUCAUCGGCGUCUUCUUCGGGGUCCCGUUCGAGCACGUUGAAGCGGGAGACGUUGGCUUCGACACCUCAGGCGACGCUCAGGAGGCCAAAGACGUUGGAGGGUCGAGGGUCGAGCGACGCGGAACAACGACAGAUGCUCCGGAAUCUGGUGCGACUGUCCAUGGCGGCCUUUGCAGACUCCAUCGAGCUCUCGUCCACAACCCCAGAAGUGCAGCAGAUUUCUCAGCUCCUGUCGCUCCUCCGUCAAGGUCAGCUGCAGCCUCGGACCAACUUCCGCGGAAAUAAAUAUUCGCACCGAGCCGGAAGGUAUGCAGGUCAGGACUGUUCUGACUGGCAGAGCACCAAGGACAGCGGGCACGGUGAGAGCGAGGCGGGCGACGUGGACUGGGAGGCGGGCAGGGACUCGCCCAUCGACCCGCAACUGGAGGAGGGAUUGCACAACCUGCUCAACAACCCUGAAGAUGUUUUCUCGGAAGCCGGAGAUCCAUCGUGGAUGGCGCGUCUGUCUGUGACUCUGUCGGGAGAUUACCACGACAACGUCUUCGUGCCCAACGAGCCGCCGUCCUCCGAGAGCGAGCUGAUGCCACGUGAUGCCUUGGACUCCUCGUCCUCCUUCUCUACCUUUGGGAAGACCCCAGACAAAGAUGGCCCACUGGAUGGGGCCUUGCUGUCAGAGGUCAGCACGCUCUUUGAGAUGUUGAUGACGCAGAAGGCCGACGCCCACCCGGGCCCUCGAGCUGACGUCCUCUACCGCCUGUCUUCGGCGUAUCGACGCUCGCUGGAAGCGGACCCCGCUCCGGCCGCUACGAGCAGCCCAAUGAGAGGCCUGGCCCAGCAGCCUGGACAAUUUUAACACUGGAAACCAAAGAAAUCAUGUGUAGCGUUAUCUUAUAUCAUCUCAUUUGUUCUUGAAUUUAAACCCACAAGUGAUUUGUUUUUGCUUGACUGCAUCCUUUUCAAACAGGAAAGCAAAUAGAUGCAUGACAUACCGUAUGUCCAAAUGGUGCCUAAAUGAAACAAAUAUCCCUUGACCAUUGUCAACUGAAGCUGUUUUGUUGCAUUUCUAGUGGUUACGACAGCCUGGAGCUGCACAGUAGGUUCAGCAACAAUAAUAAAAAACAGCACUGUAAAAAUGAAAACAAAAUGUGAAACACUCGGAAACUCAGAAAACAUUUACAUGCCGCGGAUUCCAUGAGUAUACAGACUUUUCAGUUAUACAUUUCAGCCACUAGGGUCCUGUGAGUCCCUGCAGGGCGACGCCGACGAAUAUCACAAACAAGACGUUUGGUCAAGAGAUGAGCUUGUAGAGUUGACUUUAAGUUUCCUUUGUUAUUAUCAAAUUUAGACACCAUCGCUCAUCUGUGCUCUGGAAAAUGAAAAUGGCCACUUUAAACCGACUACACGAAUGUAGCCCGAUUUGGUCCCGACAGAAAGGUAGCAGACAAACGCUCACGACACAGCAAGUCUGGCGUGUCAGAAUGGUUUGUUUUUUCCCGCAUAGUGUGACAUGUCCUACAUGGUCCAAUAAUUGUUCUAGACAUUGAACAAUAGUGUGACCGAGAGCCUUUUAACACCCAUGACUCUCUGACUGACGCGUUCGCGCUUUUCUGCCGGAGAGAACAGAUGCCGGGGCAGCACGCCAUGCGCUCGUUGUUUGUGCGGAGCCAAGCUCCAGUUAACCUCGUGGAUCUGCACUUGUGUCCCGCGGUCCUGCAUGGCCACAAACUGUUUCCUUGCUGCCUGGACUCUUCUUGUCCCCCCUACCCGAAGGCCCGUGACAUCGGACUGUGCUCUUGGUGACAGCACGCGAUGAUGAAAAAUCACUCAGUCUGAGCUUGGCAUAAGUGGAACUGCUUUCAUUGGCUGAAUCUUCAGAAAGAUUACAGGGGGUGCGGGUAAGGAUCCCUGGAAUGGACCCCUAUAAUGUCCACUUCAAAUCAAAGUGGCACCCUUCUAUUAUCUUUUCAAGCAUGUCUUGAGACUGCUCAUGACAGACAUGCUUCCCAAAUUUUAUGUUGCUAAGUGAAACUGGCUUUGGGGGCUGAUUUAAAAAAAAAAGACUAAAGGUGGGCAAGGGUCCCUGGAAAUGACUGCUACAAUGACCUUUUCAAUCCAAAAUGGCUGACUUCCUGUGUCUUUUCAGGCAUGGCUUUCUGAGACUUUUUUUUUUUUUUUUGUCGGUCUACUAAUGAUACACAUUCCUUCCAAAUUUCAUGUCAAGUCAAACUGGCUACGGGGGAUGGAUUUUAAAAAAAUCCUGGGGGUGAUACAUGGUUAAUUGCUGAGUUUUAGGUAUGGGAAAAUCCCCCCAAAAAAUGUAAAUAUUUUUUUCCCAAGCGCCCUAUUUACAUUGUAAUUGCAAAUGCAAAUUUCUGAAUUGAGACAAAGUUUGAUGUUGUUUUGUUUUGGGUUUUAUCAUGUUGCCAAAUUUCAAUGAGUUUUAAUUUGUUUCAAAUGUUGUACCUGCAUUUUCAUUUUUGCCAUUUUGUUCUCUGGGCCACCUUAGCACAGUGACACACAAGUCAGACCAAAGAGCAAAUAAUGACGGUUUAGUUGUAAAAAGAUGAAAUAUGACAUUUGUGACACGUCAAAUGUUGCUUGCACUGACAAAUGUGCAGCAUUUAGACUGGACACAAUUUUGUUCGUGUCAACACUGAAUGAAAUGUUACUUUGUACCCGAAAGAAGAAGAUGAGGACUUUGCCUUUGGGGACAAACAGACAAAUAGUCACAAGAAGGUCGCUGGGUGGAAACAAUGAAGAGGGGAAAGAGGAAGUGUGAGAAAGGAAGUAGCGUUAAUGGUAAAUAAAGUGGAGGGAGGCAAAUAGCCACGAGACAAGCUUUUGCUUCAAAAUGGAUUAUAAAAAGGGGGUGUACAGUAUAUAUUUAGGGGUGUACGGAUGUGUGGGGGUUAUAUAUGCGGGGGUGACAGCAUGACAGGUGUUCACCUGCUGAGAACACGUUGACCACAUUGAAUGAGAAGACUUAAAAUGUUACAAACUGCUGUUAGUGGGGGAGGGGAGGAAGCACUUUGUACAUAUUUGUUCCUUAUCAAACAUGUUUGUAGCUUUCUUCCCAAUAAACUGAA